AAGAAAUCUACAACCUGCACUCAGUGUGGAAAGAGUUUCUCAACCAAACAAAGUCUUAAUGUUCACAUGAGAGUUCAUACAGGAGAUAAGCCAUUCACAUGUGAUCAGUGUGGGAAAGGUUUCAGUCAAUCUGUACACCUUAAAGGACACAUGAGGAUCCACACCGGAGAAAAGCCAUUCACGUGUGAUCAGUGUGGAAAGAGAUUCUCAAACAAACGUAAUCUUGAUGUUCACUUGAGGAUCCACACUGGAGAGAAGCCGUAUAUGUGUGAUCAGUGUGAAAAGAGAUUCUCAAUCAAACAAAGACUUGAUCUUCACAUGAGAGUUCACACUGGAGAGAAGCCGUUCACAUGUGAUCAAUGUGGAAAGAGAUUUACACAUAAAAAUAGUCUUAAUCACCACAUGAAGAUCCACACCAGAGAGAAGCCAUAUAUGUGUGAUCAAUGUGAAAACAGUUUCCCAAACAAAAAAAAUCUUCAGGUUCACAUGAGAGUUCACGCUGGAGAGAAGCCGUUCAAGUGUGAUCCUUGUGGAAAGAGAUUCCCAAACAAAAGUCACCUUGAGCGUCACAUGAGAGUUCAUACUGGAGAGAAGCCACACACAUGUGAUCAGUGUGGGAAGAGUUUCCCACACAAACAAAAUGUUCAGCUUCACAUGAGGAUCCACACCGGAGAGAAGCCGUUCAAGUGUGAUCAGUGUGAAAAGAGAUUCUCAAACAAACAAUGUCUUGAGCUUCACAUGAGAGUUCACACUGGAGAGAAGCCAUUCACUUGUUAUCAGUGUGGGAAGAGCUUUACACAAUUAGCACAUCUUACAGGACACAUGAGAGUUCACACUGGAGAGAAGCCGUAUGCAUGUGAUCAAUGUGGGAAGAGCUUCACACAAUCAGCACACCUUAAAGAACACAUGAGAAUCCACACAGGAGAGAAGCAGUACAUGUGUGAACAGUGUGAGAAGAGAUUCACAAACAGAAACAAUCUUAAAAUUCACAUGAGGAUCCACACCGGAGAGAAGCCGUUCACAUGUGAUCAAUGCGGGAGGAGUUUCCCAAACAAAAAAAAUGUUCAGGUUCACAUGAGGAUCCACACCGGAGAGAAGCCGUUCAAGUGUGAUCAGUGUGAAAAGAGAUUCACAUAUAAACAAAGUCUUGAUGUUCACAUGAGAGUUCAUACUGGAGAGAAGCCGUACGCAUGUGAUCAGUGCGGCAAAACAUUUCCUGUGUUAUCAUACCUGAAGUCACACCUGAGAGUUCAUACGAAGGAGCUGCACACGUGUGAUCAGUGCGGAAAGAGUUUCUGUUUUAAAAGUCACCUGAAGAUACACAUGAAGAUCCAUGCAGUAGAGAAACCACAUCACCACAGUCAGAAAUCAUGGUAAGAAGUUCAUCUGUAUAUACUGAGUUAGUUUCCUAACAGCCACAUUUUCACACAUACAUGUUUGAAAUGAAAAUUCAGUCAGUUUUUCACAGUUGAGUACAAAAUAUAGAAUUUAUAAGUCAUAGUAAUGAGAAACAUUCUCAUAAUUAUGACUUAUUUUCACAUAAUAAUGAUAAUUUAUCAUAGUCUUAAUAUUCAGAAUAUAUAUCUUCUUAAUGACAGAUUUUGUAAUGAGAUCAAUGAGAUACUUUUUCAUAAUAAUGAGAUGAGAUACUUUCUCGUGAUUCUUUCUUGUAAUAAUGAGAUAAUUAAAUACUUUCUUGUAAUGUUACUUUGUCGUGAUAAUGGGAUACUUUCUCAUAAUAAUGAGAUACACUAUAUUGCCAACAGUUUUGGGACACCUGCAUUCAUGUGAACUUUAAUGACAUCCCAUUCUUAAUCCAUAGGGUUUAAUAUGAAGUUGCCCCACCCUUUGCAGCUAUAACAGCUUCAACUCU